AUGACCAUAUUACCCUGCCCAUGUCCCCAAGAAUGCUCUAGACUGAGCCGCCAAUCGCCAUGGGACACCGGCGGAGUGGAUCCGGCCGGAGAAACCGGCGGCGAGUCCUUCUGGUUGUCUUGCGGCGGUUUUACGAUCAUUAUGCUUCUCGUCACUCUCACGGCACCCCCGCCGGCUUCUUCUCCGGUGGAUCUCCCACCGUUCGCAACUUCUGAUUGCGCGAAUACUUUAAUUAUUUGCAUCGAUUUACUUGGCUACAUGAUUAUUAAAUUAGAUUUGGCUCUACCACCGUGCGUACCCUUGCCGGAGUUUGGCCGGAAGCUAAAGGUUGAGUGUUUCCUGAGUUUGCCGAGGCCGGUGUCGGGCCGGGGGCCCGCGACCGUGUCGUCCCAGAGCUGGUCUAGUAGACUCAUCGGAUCACAGUUUUUCAGAGGCUGGAGCCUGCGCACGUUAGCAAGAGUAGCGUGGUUCGAGUCCGUCUUAUUUAGCACUGAAUGCGAUGCUAGAGUAUUUGAUGAAGAUGGAAUAUCCGCCGUCCGAUCAGAUCUGGAAAAAGUGACGUGGAGGGUCGAGCAAUAA